CUGUAUCGUCUUCCCCUUUAUUAAUUUAUCACUAAUAAAAAGCCUUCUUUCCUAUUCCUAAGCAUCUGUCCUCAUUACUGUUUCUAUCCUAACCCUUACCGACUUAGAAAGAAACUCUUCUUUUUUAUUUCUUUUGAAAAAUGGGGAAUUGGAAUAGAAGAUGGAUACCAAGAAAAAAAUACAAAUACCAAGAAUUUCCACCUUCUCCUCCAUCCCGUUACGACCAAUCUCAUUCUUCUGCUAUCCAGGAAAAUAGUGUCCCAUCAUGGGAAAUAGAUUUCUGCAGAGCAGCUGGAAUUCCUUGGCACAAGGUUGUGAGUGCAAAAAAAUACAUGUACUGUUAUGAUAAUGUGGUUAAGUGGGAUGACUCUGCAGGUCAAGAAGCACUGGACGAUGCAAAAAGAAGAUAUUGGGGUUGGAUAAGUGGUCUUCCUCCUCAGAGUCUUCCUCCUGAUCCAGAUAUGUACAUUGAUAAAGUUGAUUGGGACACAACUAUUGAUCCGGAGCUGAUAUUAGAUUUGGACAGAGAGUAUUUUAAUCCUAAUGAAGUUGAUAACUCUGUCAAGUCUGAGAAUAACAUAGUUUCUGGAUGCACCCUGGUAUGGGAGGAUAAAACUGGUGAUAAUAGUGAAAAUCCUUGGGGAAGUGGUAAUGUGCAGGGCUCUAAAGCUGGUGAUACUGGUGAAAAUCGUUGGGAAAGUGGUAAUAUGCAGGCCUCUAAAGCUGGUGAGAAUCCUUGGGAAAGUGGUAAUGUGCAGGGCUCUAAAGCUGGUGAAAAUCCUUGGGAAAGUGGUAACGUGCAGGGAUCUAAAACUUUUAAGGAUGUGGAGCAGACUUGGAAUGAAUGGGAUAACCCUGCAAACAUCAAAGACGACGAUCCGUGGGAAAGGAGUUGCCCUAAAACCCAGGGGAUCUUGACGGACACUGCCUGGGGAGGCUGUGGAAAUGAGUCAUGGGGUUGGAACACGGGGCCAAAUUAUGAGAAUGGAUUUGCUUGUGUUGAUAAUACUUUCAGCAAUUUGUGGCAUCAAGGUGGUGGAAGUGUUGCUGGUGCUAAAGGAAACGAAUGGGCUAAUAAUAGAACUGGUUCCUGGGGUCGAAACCGUUGGAAUACUAGGGGGCAUGAGCAGUCGAAUUCAGACUAUGGCUCUCGUCGGAAUAGGAACCUUAGUCGAGGUGGUGGAACAACCUCAAAAGAGAGAAGAUGGGGAGAAUCAGAGUUCACGUCUUGGGAUCGGCAGCGAUUACCAAGGCAGAGUAAUGAGAGAAAUGUGGAUUUUGGAAGACCUAGCGGAGGUGAAAAAACCUUCUAUACUGGUUCGCGCAAGAGGGAAGGUUCUUCACAACAUAUGUCAGGGUACAAUAGAUCAAGGUUUCAAGGUGAUGAACAGAGGACUGCAUACAAUUGGAGAGAAGAAAAACCACAGAAGAGGGUUACUUUUAGCUUUAAUGACUAGUUGACCAACUUUUUAAAGUCACCUUUUCAGUGAAUAGUUGACCAACUUCUGGAUCUUUUUGUAUGUUAGUCAACAUCAUUGGGUGUUACCGAGCUCGGUGGUGAAGCAGCUGCAACCAUGAUUUUGUAGAGGGAUGGCAGAGAAGGACAGCAGGUUGGGAGGCAGCUCUCUCGUGCCUAUGAGCCAGAAGAAUAGGAGAAUUUUUUAUGGCAUCGGGCGAAACAUGUGUAACAUAAAAAAGCUCUUUUUCCGUUCAUUUAUAUUUUUUGCUUAAGGAGAAAUACCCUGCUGGAUGGAUAGUUGGGUAGGUAUGAUAGAUGAAUGAUAAAUGCAUGUCGUUAAGCCAUGUACCUUUGCAGUAAAUGGUUUUGAUGCUGUUUUGGUGUAGUAUAAAUGAAAGAAUUUUGAUAUUAAAAAAAUGCUGUAAGCUUGUAAAUCUAUAUAAAAUGGCACCCUUUUCCUGUC